AAUUGUUGAAAUCCGUGCUUUUAGUAUUAAAAAAUUAAAUAGUCUGUUGAAUAAUGACAAUGCAAAAACAAAUACCUUCGCAGAGAAGCAAUCCGGUCGAUCGACCUUCAUGUUAAUGACUCUUGGCCAGUGAGAGAAGUAGCAAGAGAAGACACUGAUAUUCACCUUAUAUUUGGAAGAAAAACGUUGUUUAGUGUUGCAAUACAAUCAUUCCUUCCCGAAGGAACAUUAUCCGGAUGGUGUUACCUUUCUGAGUGAGCACGGGAAUGAGCACCACUAGGCCCCGUCUGGUGCACACGAGGAAAAUCCAGCCCACAUCUUCGCCAUCAAAGCGAGCAAAAAGCAGUCCCCACGAAGAAGACUCUUCCGCUUCGCCGACUGGCAGCAGCAGCCCCAGCGGCGGCAGUGUCUUCAGUAUGGCCGAACCGGGUGGCGACGUAACGACGAUGGCAUCCAUCGGAGAGCUGGCGGAAGCUGGCGAGCAUCCGCCAUCAAAGUUUACGGAAGCGGAUCUGCAGGCUAUAAAGUUAACGAGUGACACGUUGAAGCGCAAUCCAAAGAUGGACUUUAGCAAAACUGAUCUCCUCAAACUGCUGAGCUACUUGGAAGGUGAGCUCCAAGCCCGAGACGUAGUCAUCGCCGUACUUAAGACUGAAAAAGUCAAACAACUACUCAACACUGCUCGAUAUAGCAAGCCCACUAACCUAAACGAUCCUCACGCGGCGCUCUACCGCGACAACUUGGCCUCCAGUGGGAACAUCGCCAGCCGACAGUCAUCCAUUCAGGCGGCAUAUUCCGAGCACGAGAUGCGACUGCUAAACGACCAGCGAUUGGGUGUCAAAGAACAGAUGGAUUCUCUGGCGGCGCUUGUGAUGCAGCAGCGACAGACUCAAGCCAAAAUGGUCGAAGUACUGAAAGAUGCCGAAGAACGAUACAAAAAAGUUGUUCAGGAACUAGAAGACGAACGACGGAAGCAUGAACACACCACUGCCCAAGGGGACGACAUUACGUACGGGUUAGAGAUCGAACGGUCACGGUUGAAGCAGGAAUUGGAGCAUGAGAAAGAGCAACGAAAAGUGACGGAAUUGGAGCUACAGAAAAUUCAGGAACAGUUCGAAGCGGAAAAGAAUCGCCAGAAGCAGAUAGUAUUAUUGCUCCUAGCAGAGAGAAAGAAAAUUAUUAUAAAAUAUAUAGAAGAGCGAAAGCGGAGUGAGGAUUUGGCACAGAUCUUGUCCGAAGAAAAAUUGCGAGUGGACACAAUAGCCGAAGGCCUUGAGGAAGAAAGCAAAAAGUCGCUCCGGAUGGAAGCGGAAUUGGAGACGCAAACUCAGCAAUUCGAUUUGGAGAGAAAAAUGUUGCACCAAAGUCUGGGCAAGGAGGAGAAGCGGAUCAAAGAGCAAGAGAUCGAAAUUCAGCAGCUAAAGACAGAAUUGGAAAUGCUGAGGAAACAGACUGGUAUUCGCCAUCCGAUCGUUGCCCCGCAGCUUCCUACCAAACCAGGCGGUCUAAUGCCUUCGAGGCCAUCAAUAGGAGGGGUCCCACUAGCAUCAGACGUAGGCAACGUAGCAUCAUCCUCUUCUUCCGCUUCCGUCGCAGCUGGUUCUGCGGCGUCUGCUACCACAGCCGCUUCCUCUGCUGCUGCUGCUGCUGCCGCCGUUAGUGGACCUGCUGCAGCCUCGGGCCCUGUAUCCGGUGUUGGGAUUCUACCGCAUGGGGCCGCCGCAAUGAUCAGUAGUGUGGCCACCAAGGUGGUCCAGCCAACUGCUACGGUUUCUAGCGUGCCAGUUUCCGGACCAACAACUGGAAUCGCUCGUUCUGUGUCGCCCGGGCAACUUAUCAGACAAACCGCCAUCUCACAGCUGUCGAUAACGUCUCCACCGUUAGGACCUCCGGGAGCGAAUGCCGCACCGGUGGCACCGUCUCCCGAAACGUACGCCAACACGGUCACACCCAGCAAGUUGCCAACAACAAUGCCGCUGGAGUCUCAGCAUCACAGGCCUCAGCCGCCACCACCGUCUCUGGCUCAGCAGCCCCAGGCUCAUCCACCACACCACAAAAUUUUGCGACGUCAGUCGCAUCUGCAUCCGUUUCAACCGCAGCAGAAAUACUGACAAAUAUCGGUUGCGAAGGUGGGAUAGUAUAAAUUAGUGCAGAAUUGUGUGGCACCAAUCACAUGCGCACCACCCACUACUACUUAA